AUGGACGCCAAGAACGACGUGGAGAAGGCAGACGAGGCGAUGCUGCCUGGUUUCAGGUUCCACCCGACAGACGAAGAGCUUGUGGGGUUCUACCUGAAAAGGAAGGUUCAGAAGAGACCCGUCUUCAUCGAGCUCAUCAGGCAGCUGGACAUCUACAAGUACGAUCCAUGGGAUCUUCCCAGUAAGUCUCUUUCUCUUUGUGCUAUCGCCUGUGCUCUAUUCUCUCUCUUUUCUCCAUCAUUCUCCUAUUAUAAAUAAUCGUUUUUUUCAAAGAAACACAUCUUUUCAAGAAGGCAGCCCAUUAUUCCCUCUUCCUCACAUGCUCUUUCAGCUGGCCUGUUGUUGAUCGUCCUCUUGUAUUGCCUUAGACGUGGCCGCGCCCUCUCUUAGUGGCUGUCUACCUCUGCGCUUGUUCAGCAUUUCAUCUCCUCCCCAUCCCCGGAACCCUACCUACUCCACCAGAAGCUACCCCUCCGUCCGCGAGUGCACCACUAGCUUUCACGAGAAGUCGUGGUUUAAGUUGACGGCAAGGCGAGGAUUUCAGACUCUACCCUCGUUCCUUUGAUGUCCCCACACUCAUGUAAAGUCCAGCACAGCGUGUACAUAAGAUAAUGGGAGUAUAGUUUCACAUCGAUGGAGUUUGGUCGUCGAGAAGGGCUUGGAAAACUCUCGCCCUCUCCAGAGAUGGGCACCCUUACGCGUCUAACAAUACAUAUAUAUAUAUAUAUAUAUAUAUAUAUAUAUAUAUAUGACUGUUAUCCCUCUGAGUGGGUCUUCUUCCUUGGCAUGAGAAGAGCUGGCGACGAUGGGAGAGAAGGAGUGGUACUUCUACUGCCCGAGGGACAGGAAGUACAGGAACAGCGCGAGGCCGAACCGAGUCACCGGCGCCGGAUUCUGGAAGGCCACCGGCACGGACCGGGCGAUCUACGCCUCCGAGGGGAGCAUCUGCAUCGGCCUGAAGAAGUCCCUUGUGUUCUACAGAGGAAGAGCCGCCAAGGGGAUCAAGACGAACUGGAUGAUGCACGAGUACAGGCUCCCAUCCCUCGGAGACUCUUCUUCCCUCCCCAGCAAGACCGUAGGCAAAGAGAUCUCUGCGAGUGUAAGCAAGCUACUCAUUCUCCCAUUACAACAUCCCCUCGCAUUGAUUUCUAAAAACUAUAGGUUUAACACUAUGCUGUUAAUCGGUUAAGAACAGUAAAGUAUUUGGUAUAAUUUCUGGGUUCUUCGUUAUUUGGUUUUAGCUCCGAAUAAAAACCCUUUGGAUUUCAGAAAAUCGGGCUUCGGCUUAACCCUCCCUCGUGCUACUCGCAGGACUCGUGGGCGAUCUGCCGGAUCUUCAGGAAGACCUGUUUAGUGACUCAGAGAUCUCUCUCCCAUUCAUGGGUUCCGCCGCUCGCAGAGGAGUUCCCAGUCUCCGGGACCCUUCACCGCCCGGAGCUCACUUCUGAAGGCAUCUCCUCCUGCCCGGUUGAAAGGAUGAGGUCAACCCAGCAGAGCGGGAACACCGAGCAUGAGCCGGCCCCCCACUCCGAUUACUCAUCUAUGGACAUCACUCCCUACAGACUCUCAUCUGCCGGUCUCCCCUCCGGCAUAACGACGCUUCUCCAGACCGAAGCGCCGGCGUCUUCAAGGUGCCCCCUCGACGGCGCCGCCUUGCUGCAGUACAUGCAGCCUCAGUUGGUCGGAGACGCAGAGAAGAACUCAUCGUCCUCCACGGAUUUCAAUCACCAUCAGCCGCAGCAACUUCACGCCUUCUCUACGAUCGAUUUGCUGCUGGAAAUGACGGGAAAUCUGGGAAGAAGAGGAGAGGAGAUGGGUACCAGGAAGAACCCGGAUGCCUAUUUCCAAGCUAAUAAUGGCGACAGCCACUGGGAGACUCUGAGUGCCGUUGCUCUUCCAUUCGCUCCACCGCAGAAUCGCCCGGCUGCAUGGAAAGCUGGGUUGGAGAGGGACUCAAUCUUUAAUUUACUAGAAAAUGAGAAAUACCUCUAA